ACAGAAGAGAUGAAAUGUGGUCUGAGGGGCGAUAUGACUAUGAAAGGCUUCCAAGAGAACGAGUACCUCCUCGAAAUCACCCUAGCGAUGGCUACCAUAGAAUAGUUAAUAUUGUGCCCAAGAAACCACCACUCCUAGACAGACCUGAUGAAGGAAGCUACAAUAGAUAUUACAGUCAUGUUGAUUACCAAGAAUAUGACGAGGGCCGCAGUUUUUCUCAUGAUCGAAGAAGUGGUCCACCUCACAAAGGAGAUGAAUCUGGCUAUAGAUGGCCAAGAGAUGAUCAUUCUGGAGGUCGACAGCCUGAAUACAGGGAUGUGAGAGAUGGCUUUAGAAGAAAAAGUUUCUACUCUUCUCAUUAUGGGAGAGAGCGAUCUCCUCAUAAAAGGGACAAUCCUUUUUUCAGAGAAUCACCUGUAGGCCGAAAGGAUUCUCCACACAGCAGGUCUGGCUCCAGUGUCAGCAGUAGAAGCUACUCUCCAGAAAGAAGCAAAACAUACUCUUUUCAUCAGUCUCAACACCGAAAGCCCGUGUGUGCUGGUGCCUCCUACAAACGGCAGAAUGAAGGAAAGCCAGAAAGAGGUAAAGAGAGACCUGUCCAGCCUUUGAAAACUUCAAGAGAUACUUCCCCCUCAAGUUCUUCAGCAGUUCCUUCAUCAAAGGUGUUGGACAAGCCCAGCAGGCUAACUGAAAAGGAACUUGCUGAGGCUGCAAGCAAAUGGGCUGCAGAAAAGCUAGAAAAGGCAGAUGAGAGUAACUUACCUGAAAUUUCUGAGUAUGAGGCAGGAUCCGCAGCACCAUUGUUCAUCGACCAGCCAGAAGAACCUGAGUCAAAUGCAACAGAUGGCAUAGAAUUAUUUGAAGACAGCCAGCUAACCAGUCGCUCUAAAGCAAUAGCAUCAAAAACCAAAGAGAUUGAACAGGUUUACCGACAAGACUGUGAAACGUUCGGGAUGGUUGUGAAAAUGCUCAUUGAAAAAGAUCCUUCAUUAGAAAAGUCUAUACAGUUUGCUUUGAGGCAGAAUUUACAUGAAAUAGGUGAGCGGUGUGUUGAAGAACUCAAGCAUUUCAUUGCAGAGUAUGACACCUCUACUCAAGAUUUUGGAGAGCCUUUUUAG